UGGAUUACUCUUUAAAAUGAGAAGAAAAAGUGUCCUCCCACUUGUUGGCCUCAUCCUUGUUCUUGGUGUCCAACAUGUAAUCUCAGAAUCUCCUCUCCCAAAGGGCGAUCACGGGGAGUGUGGAUUCUCCAGUGACGACAAAGAUUUAUGUGCUCUUUAUUGCUAUAGGUCUAUGAAACUCGGUCUAGCUUAUAUUAUUGAGUUGAAAGAAAAAAUCAAAAUACUCGAAGAGAAUCAUUCAGAGAGGGAAAAUAGUCAGCUAAGCAAAGCAGUUGAGAAUUUGCAAAGUAAAAUUGAUCAACAGAAUAUUCAGAUAGCUAAUAUUAACGAUUUUAUCACAAACUCUGUCAGGCAGAAAGAAAUGGAUGAGAAAGCCAAAUCUCAAACUGAGAUGGACAAUUUUAAAAGACAAGUUGAACAAUUGAAAGAGAAUUUAGAAAAUGUUCAACGUCAAGCAGCAAAAGAUAAGGAAGAAAGCUUAGCUGAACAAAAAUAUUUAAGAAAUAAAAUUGAACAAAUCUUAAGAGACAAGAACACGGAAAUAGAUAGGGCUAGAAAUAGAGAAAUAGAGAAUCUAAAAGAGAAAUUAGCUUCCCAAAAAUCAGAUUUAGACAAAGCAAUUAAAGACCUCGAGUCGAAAAACAAGGAAUUUGAAGAAUAUCAGACUAAGGAAAAGAAUUCUAGCAACAAAAUUGGAGAAUUGCAUUCUGAAAUCUCAUCAUUAAAGAAAUCGUUAGAAGAAUCUGAAACUCAGUUGACUGAUUCGAAUCAUUUACUUGAAAGAAAACUAAACCAAACUGCAGAAGAUUUAGUCGAGUGUCAAAAGAGAAUACCAAAAACUGGUUGUAAAGGCCUCUCUUCGGGAAUUCAUACAAUUGAAAUUGCCGGACUUGAUCCAAUUUCUGCUCUCUGCGAAGGAGAUAUAGAAGGUGGUGGGUGGAUAGUCAUUCAUAAACGAUUUGAUGGCAGCGUUGACUUUAAUAGAACUUGGACUGAGUAUCGUAAUGGGUUUGGAGAUAAGAAGGGAGAAUUUUUUAUUGGUCUGGAGAAUUUGCAUCGUAUAACCAAUUCCCAAACCUAUGAACUUUAUGUGCAAGUAAAAUAUCACAGUAAACCUUCCGAAUUUGCUAGUUAUAAUAAUUUUACAAUUGGCAACGAAACUACAAAAUAUAAGUUGGAGUCGGUGGGAGAGUUUAAAGGAACAGCUUAUAAUUCUAUGGAGUACAAUUUAAAUGCACCAUUUUCCAGUUUUGAUCAAGAUAGUGAUCAAAGGAAAGAUGAUAAUUGUGCUCAAUGGCAUGGAGGCUGGUGGCAUAAAGGUUGUACCCAUGCCAAACUCAACGCAAAAUACUUCAAUAGAGAAGUCGAUGAUUGUUCAAGUAUGAUCUGGUAUUGGUGUAUUUCUCUCAAAUCUGUCCAGAUGCUUAUCCGACAAAAAUAAAGUUGGACUUCAUCUCAAAAUAAACAAAAAUCAUGGAAAACUAUGCAAU